AACAGCAGUCAACACAUGGGACCAUUGAGCAUUGGGGGAAACAUUAGUUAAAAAAAACACCGGCUCUGAGGGACAAAACGCCAAAGGACCUGUCUGGUGCAAGUCUAACCAUGGUUUCCAUCGACCAUGUAGCUCACAAGAUACUGACUUACAUCCCAUAUGUUCUUGUUUUGAUUGAUCUGAGAUAUGAAGGAGUGAAAUGUGGCAGGGAUGGGAGUGUGGACAACCAUAUGGAGAUGGGGAAGAAACUGCUCGCUGCUGGCCAGCUAGCCGAUGCCCUCUCUCAUUUCCAUGCUGCUGUGGACGGAGAUCCCAAGAACUACAUGGCCUACUACAGGAGAGCUACAGUUUUCCUCGCAAUGGGGAAGUCAAAGUCUGCACUGCCAGAUUUGAGCAAAGUCAUUGAGCUCAAACCAGACUUCACAUCUGCACGACUUCAGAGAGGAAAUCUCCUUCUUAAGCAGGGGAGGCUAGAUGAAGCAGAGAGUGACUUUAAGAAGGUGCUGAAGUCGAACCAUAACAACAAAGAGGAGAGGGAAGCCCAGAGUCAGCUGACAAAGUCAGAUGAAAUUCAGCGGCUGGUGACUCAGGCACGCAGCAGCUUCAACAGCCAGGAUUAUGUGACAGCUGCUGCCCAGCUUGACACUAUCAUUGAGACUUGCAUUUGGGAUGUGACCUCUCGUGAAAUGCGAGCUGAGUGUUUUAUUCAAAUGGGAGAGAUGGGGAAGGCCAUCAGUGACCUUAAAGCUGCAUCCAAAUUGAAGAGUGACAAUACCCAGGCUUUCUACAAACUCAGCACCAUCUACUAUAGUCUUGGAGACCAUGAGAUGUCCCUCAGUGAGGUGCGUGAGUGCCUGAAGCUUGACCCUGAUCACAAGCAGUGCUACAGCCAUUACAAGCAGGUCAAAAAGCUCAACAAACAGAUCCAGUCUGCAGAGGAACUCAUGCAAGAGCAGAGGUACGAAGAUGCAGUGAGCAAAUACGAGGCAGUGAUGAAGACUGAGCCCAACGUGCACCCAUUCUCUCUGCUUGCCAAAGAGCGCAUCUGCCACGCGCUGGCAGAGAGCCAGCAGGCUAGCAGAGCUGUCUCGGUGUGUAGCGAAGUCCUCCAGUCGUCCCCCGAGAACGUUAACGUGCUUAAGGACAGAGCUGAGGCCUACAUCCAAGAGGAACAGUAUGAGGAAGCUAUUAAGGACUACGAGACUGCAGCAAAACACAGUGAGAAUGACCGUCAGAUAAAAGAAGGCCUGGAGAGAGCUCAACGACUUCUCAAACAGUCUCAGAGGAGGGAUUAUUAUAAGAUCCUGGGAGUGAAGAGGACUGCCCAGAAAAAGGAGAUUAUCAGAGCCUACAGGAAACUGGCACAGCAGUGGCAUCCAGACAACUUCCAGGAUCCAGAGGAAAAGAAGAAGGCUGAGAAGAAGUUCAUAGACAUUGCUCAGGCUAAAGAGGUUCUCACAGAUCCAGAGAUGAGAACAAAGUUCGACCACGGGGAGGACCCCAUGGAUCCAGAGAGCCAGCAGAGUCAUCGUCAUCAUAACUUCCACGGAGGCUUCAACAACUUCCAGGGUUUCAAUCCAUUUGGCUCUGGACCCUUCAACUUUAAAUUCAACUUCAACUGAGGAGGCUCAGAUCCAGCAGAGCUGGACUGGAUUUUUGCAUUUUCCUCCCUAUUUAAAAGGGGGAUCACCGGCAUGAGGGAUGUCAGUGCAUUCCGAUAAGUCUCACAGAAAUGUGGAGCGAAUUGUGACUUUAAUUCAGUGACUUUAAUUAAAGAUGCAUCUUUUGUUGUUGAAUAAUACAACUUUGAAUUCCGUUUGGGGACGGUCUGUUGCUGUGCUAACAAAUAUUUGCCAUGUGUGAAGCAGCUUUUAUCUGUCAAGUGUAAGGGGUUAAUUCUGACGUUUGCAUCUUUUCCAUGUAUUUACACUCUACAAUUCACAUCCAUUCGUAAGAUUAAAUUUGUACAUAGGUACAGUGCUAUUUUUAUAUGAAUGGAGUUUUUCU